AUGGUCCAGUACAGGUUGCUGUAUUUUGAUGGACGUGGUCGCGCUGAAGUGGCUCGACAGUUGUUCGCUCUCGCUAAUCAAGACUACGUUGAUGUCCGCAUCAGCCAUGAAGACUGGCCGAAGCACAAACCUGAUAUGCCUUUCGGUCAGGUGCCAGCACUUGACGUCGAUGGAAAGAUUCUGCCGCAGUCGUUUGCCAUUAAUCGAUAUCUAGCCAGGCAAUUCGGUUAUGCUGGCAAGAACGCUUUCGAGGAGGCGAUGGUGGACGCAUUCGCUGACCAAUACGGGGAUUUUUACAAAGAAGCAACACCGUAUCUCUAUGCAGUGUGGGGAUUCAAAAAGGGUGAUGUGGUAAGUUCCCGAUAA